AUGGAAGCUCUCUUUACCUUGCCGUUUACUGUGCUUGAAAUUCCUAACAUAAAGAUUAAAAAACCAUCAUGGCUCCAAGCUCCGUCAGCUAUGACAACGUUUUCCUUAGUUCUUCUCUCGUAUUUUCUUGUAACGGGAGGAAUAAUUUAUGAUGUUAUUGUGGAACCACCCAGUGUUGGUUCGACGACGGAUGAACAUGGGCACAGUAGGCCAGUGGCUUUUAUGCCAAAUAGAGUUAAUGGUCAAUAUAUCAUGGAAGGCUUAGCUUCGAGUUUCCUCUUUUCACUUGGUGGACUUGGAUUUAUUAUUCUGGAUCGCACUCACAACCCUACAACACCUAAAUUAAACAGAAUUCUUCUCAUAUCUGUUGCCUUCCUUUGUAUUCUUGUUUCAUUCUUUACAACAUGGAUCUUUAUGAGAAUGAAGCUACCUGGAUACUUACAGAACUAA